ACAUUCAACGAUGAGAACAGUUCACAGAAAACGGCGAAGAAUAUUGAAGAUGAUAACUAUAAUAAUAAUGUCAAACAAAUUCAAGUUCUCGGCAGCACGGACACUAAUGACAGCUCACGAAAUUCACGUAUAUCCUUGCAUCAGUCUAAAUCAAAUGGCACAGGCGAAUCAGCUCAAGGAUCUGCUUAAUCAGAGAGCAUAUGCAAAUUAA